CACGUGAUUUUCAUCGCGGCGCGUGCGCACGUUGUCUACACCUGGAAGUCGCUGUGGGGCGACGUUGAAAGAAGUCGCGGAUUCAUUCACUCGUCAUCACAGUGGUGUUCGCCGAUUGUGCUUAUUGCGAUAUGGCGGAGGAGGUGGAUGUUGUGGGUCUGGAAGGCGGCGACGAACCUGGCCUGAUUGUAAGUGACACCGGAGCCAGUGGUUUCCUGCAUGAUCAGUACCUGCAGUCCGCAUGGAGAGCCAACAGUGAAUUCCUUCCGUGGAUGCUGGACAACUCAAUUAGUGAGGAGAACAAGGCCGUCAUUGAGAACAUGCUGCUUGAAGAAGAAUAUUACCUAACAGGCAGGGGCCUUCCACAAAACAUGAGGCUCCAGGAGAGGAAAGGAGGCGAUAAAGCUAAAAGGUCUCCAGUUAAACCCACCAAUCUCCCAGUGCGCUGGUCUCAAGAGGAAAAGGAGCUUUUUGAAACUGGGCUGACGCAGUUUGGCCGUCGAUGGACCAAGAUCGCUAAGCUGAUUGGAAGCCGAACGGUCCUGCAGGUCAAGAGCUACGCCCGGCAGUACUUCCGAAACAAGGCAAAAUCGGCUUUAAUACCCAAACAGAACAGUAGCUUGGAGGUCCCCCAAGAUGUUGAGAGAGAACUGCCAGACACGCAGCUGAACAUGGUUCGGAUUGAGAGGCUGUCGGAUGAUGAAGAAGUUGACAUUACGGAUGACAGUGAUGGAGGUGGUAGCCAGCAAGCGGAUAAAGUUAAUGAUGCCAGUUUGAAGAUGGCUGAUGCAGUCGGCCAGAAGGAUGGCGAGGAGUCCCAGCUACUGAAAGGUCUGAGCUCUUCAUCUGGAGAAGCUGAAUUUCCUGACUUCAGUCCACCAUGUGUCGAAGAGAAGUCUGUAGUAGAGGAGCCUGGCCUUGACUGUCUGUCUGUCCCCACCACCACCAGUGGGCAUCUGGAAUAUAAGGUGUACCCAGCACCCAGUCCUGUGAGGUCGGAAAAUGAGCAGACGUACAAGACUGAAGAAGCAGAUAACAAUCUUGGGAGUGAAUCAGAUGAAGCCACUGAACAUCAACCUUUUGAUGAGACCCUAGAGGAAGAGGAGAUUCUCAAGCCUCCCGAGAAAGAAAUUGAAAUGGAUCCGGAAACCAUCACUGAAGAAGAGAAGCAGGCAAUUCCUGAGUUUUUUGAGGGACGGCCCUCCAAAACGCCAGAGCGUUACCUCAGAAUCCGGAAUUACAUCCUGGAACAAUGGAAAAAAUGUCACCCUAAAUACCUCAAUAAGACGUCUGUGAGGCCAGGCCUGAAGAACUGUGGGGAUGUCAACUGUAUCGGACGGAUCCACACCUAUUUGGAGCUCGUAGGGGCCAUCAACUUUGGAUGUGAACAAGCCGUGUAUAACCGGCCAAGAAUUGUGGACAAAGUGCGCUUCAGAGAAGGUGGGGACACCCUGGAGGCUUUCCAGCUGGCUCAGCGGUUGCAGUCCAUGCGCACAAGAAAGCGGCGUGUCCGAGACGUGUGGGGCAACUGGUGUGACGCCAAGGACCUGGAAGGACAGACGUUUGAGCAUCUUACAGCUGAAGAACUGGCUAAGAGAAGAGAAGAGGAGCCCAAAAGGUUUCCCAGGCCUCCCAAACAUGCGCGCCAAGCCAAAAACUCUUUCGACCCAUUCCAGUUAAUCCCUUGUCAGUCGUUUGGUGAAGAGACCCAGGAGCCCUUCCAGGUUCUUGUUGCACCAGAGGCUCUAGUGGUGAUGGACAUGCAUUCACAUGUGUCGAUGGGAGAAGUAAUUGGACUCCUUGGAGGCAAAUACUCCGAAUCAGAAAGGAUCUUGAAGAUCAAUGCUGCUGAGCCCUGCCAUAGCCUCAGCACCGGCCUGCAGUGUGAAAUGGACCCCGUCUCUCAAACCCAGGCAUCGGAGGCACUCGAAAGACGAGGCUACAGCGUCGUUGGUUGGUACCAUUCACACCCAGCCUUUGAUCCCAACCCUUCCUUGAGAGAUAUCGACACUCAGGCAAAGUUUCAGACGUACUUCACCCGAGGAGGAGCACAGUUCAUUGGAAUGAUCAUCAGUCCGUAUAAUCCCACAAAUGUCUCGCCCCAUUCUCAGGUGACCUGCCUGAUUGUCAGCGAGGAGCUCAACCCCACCGCAUCUCAUCGUCUUCCAUUUAAGUUUGAAGUUCAGCCUGCUGCAGCUGAGCCCGACUGGUCUGAGGUUUUGAAGAAGGCGCAGUGGAUCACUGAAAAGUACUCGCUGGCCCAGGGAAGUGUGCCAAUGGAUCGGAUCUUCCAUAAAGCGUCUGACAUGACCUGCUUGGAAAAGAUGCUGGCGUCCAUGAGGAAGUCGCUGGACCCUCUGCUGGAUGUGAAUCUCACGGGGGCCUACCUGGCGCAGAUUGAAAUGCUCUUCAAGUCGUGCUUCCCAGCUGAAGUAGGACUUUGAUGCGGGAGAAAGGAUGAGAAGAUCGAUGGAAGGAAGAGGAGUUGUUAUCGGUGGUAGUCAGUCACGCCACCUCACUUACUGUAAUGGCGGGACGUGGCACCACUUUGGAUGGACUCCUUGGUGGGAUGGGGUCUGUUAGUCAGGGCUGCACCUCUGGCCCCACCAGGACUAUAUGACUCCCGCCGUCAUCGCUCGUGUGGGGAUCAAUGAUCACGCAAACCCCUCCACGGGGAAUAAUUGUGGGACCCUCCGUACAGCAGGUAGACGUGGGCCUAAGUGAUGUCCGGCCAACACAGGUGGCCGCAGAUGGACUCUGGUGAACUUCUAGAACAAUCUGAAGGAGAAGAAAAGCAAAUCAGUGCCACCUGAGCACAACGUGGAGGGCCACAGCAAACAGCCCAAGUACGUCUGUGAGGGAGGGACUUCAGUUUGUCAUUUUGAAUACAUUUGAAUAACUUACUGUGUAGGCUGAUGGGUAAAAAAAAAAGUCCAAUCUCUCUAUUUAAAGUUAAGCAGACGACACGAUGAAGUGUGCAGAAAACGCCAGGCUCUGGAGACUCUCAGUCCAGUGUCCACUGUGAUCAGGGGUGCUUGUGCGUUAAGGGCCGGUGGGCACAGCCCCUUCAGUUGAUGUGCACACGAAGUCAGGACCCC